AUGGCUUCAUCAGGUUUCUCACCAGCUGCACCACCAAUCUUCAAUGGAGAGGGCUAUCACAUAUGGGUGGUCAAAAUGAAGACCUACCUGCAGGCAUUAGACCUAUGGGAGGUGGUCAACUUAGAUGUUGAAUUAGUACCACUUAGAGUCAACCCAACAGUGGCUCAGAUCAGGCAGCAUGCUGAUGAAAGGACCAAGAGGCACAAAGCCAUGUCUUGCAUUCAGAAUUGUGUAUUAGAUGUGAUCUUCACAAGGAUCAUGGCCUGUGAGACACCAAAGCAGGCCUGGAAUAAAUUGAAGGAGGAGUUCCAAGGGAUAGAGAGGACAAGGCAGCAACAGCUACUGAAUUUGAGAAGGGAUUUCGAGAAUUUGAAGAUGGAGGAAGAAACUGUCAAGCAAUACUCUGAUAGAAUCAUGGUUGUGGUAAACAGCAUAAGGCUCCUUGGAGAGCAGUUUAGUGAAGUAAGGAUAGUGGAGAAAAUGAUCUCAACCCUACCUGAAAGGUAUGAGGCAAAAAUAUCUUCCCUCAAAGACUCAAAGGACCUGACCAGCAUCUCAUUGACAGAGCUGAUCAAUGCCCUCUAUGCACAAGAGCAAAGAAGAGCUAGCAGAUUGGAGGAGCACCAAAAAGGCAUUGCAAAAGACAUGGUCAUCCAGAAGCAAAUUGUUGGUUUAGACCAAAUGUGCAGUGCCAAUAUGGGCCAUGUUGAAAAGGUUUGCAAAAACAAAGGCAAACCAAGGCAGGGUCAGCCACAACAGCCAAAGGCUGAAGCUCGAGUAGCAGAAGAGGGCAGUGACCAUGAAGAGCAAGUUUUUGCAGUUUCAUGCUCAGCUGCUAAGGAGAAAACCACAAAGGGAUGGUUUAUAGACAGUGGCUGCACAAAUCAAAUGACACCAGAUGCUAAGGAGAAGGCCACAAAGGGAUGGCUUAUAGACAAUGGCUGCACAAAUCACAUGACACCAGAUAUUUCAAUCUUCAAAACAAUUGAUAGAAGCUUCAAAACAAAGGUGAAAGUUGGUAAUGGCCACUUCAUCAAGGCAGAAGGCAAAGGGGAUGUGUUGAUAAGCACUCCCACAGGCAACAAACUUGUUUCAAAUGUGUUGUUGGUGCCUGAGAUUGACAGAAGUCUACUCAGCAUAGCUCAGUUGCUUGAGAAAGGCUAUACUGUAGUGUUCAAAGGCAAUGAGUGCCAAAUCAAUGAUCCAACUGGAUUCAAGCUCAUGUCAGUAGCAAUGACUGAUAAAAGUUUUGUUAUGGAUUGGAAUAAGGGUCUACACACUGCCUACACAGCCUCACUAGAUGAAUCCAAGCUUUGGCACCAAAGGCUUGAUCAUGCCAACUACAGAUCGAUGGAUCAGCUAACCAAAGAAGAUCCAGUUGAGAACUUCAUCAACUCAGAUGAAAAGGAGGAGGUUUGUGAAGUAUGUCAACCAGGGAAGCAGGGCAGACUUCCAUUUCCUUCAAAUAAGGCUUGGAGAGCCUCAGAAAGGCUGUAG